AUGGCUCAUUUCAUGCGUUUUGUUUCAUUUGACGAUAAAUUCAAUACGAAUUUAUUUACAUUUAUUCUUCCAAGUACGUAUCUGCUGGGUACAGAAGAAAAAUUGAUUACACGAGAAUUCAUCUGUCGACAUAUACCAUUUGCGUUAACUUUCGUUAAAAAUGGCGAUCAAUUAAAUGCAUUUCUAUUGCAUCGCAGCCGUGAUACAGAAAGAAUUGAAAUGACACUUGAUUUAAGUGUUACAUUGUUAUGCCGAGAACAUUUUACGCGUAAUGAAUCAUUUAUUGAGAAAAAUUGUAAAUUUACAAAUAAAAUAACUUUACAUGGACGAAAAUCAUUUACAUCCGUCAAUCGUCUAUGUUCAGUUGAUUAUAUGGACGAACGUGGAAAUAUACAAUGCGAAGUUGAAAUAAAAAAUCUUUCGGUAUCAUACAUAACAGAAGUAAAAUUAACACCACAAUUGAUAAAUCCUCAAUAUGCACAUGUUAUUCAACCGAAUAAUAAUCGACAGCCGAUUGAUGCUAAAAUCGAGACUCCAUCGUUUUUCUAUUCAAACUAUGAAUGGUGCGUUGUUAUACAACCAAAAUUAGACAGUGUAGGACAACUUGGACAUUUUCGUAUGUUUAUAGAACGUUUGACAUCGUGUGAUCAUUCAGUGAGAUUAACAUAUCGUGUUAAGAUAACGGCCGGGACGUAUACAUGGGAUCCGUAUCAAGAACGUAAAAUGGCUAAUCCAAAUGAUAGUAAUACAUAUGAAGUAAAUUAUACUGAUGUACACGGUUUAUGUCGACCGUAUCGUAUUGAUCGUGUGCGAGAAUUACUUCAAACCGAAGGAAAAUUUACCAUUACUGUUGAACUCAAAGAUGCUGUUACUGUCUUCCCGAUAAUUGUUGAUCCAUUUGCCCAGAAUCCUAUUCCCGUACCAUUUCUUGAUAAAGAUCAGCAAGCAUGGACUGUUGAAGCUUAUAUAGAAGAACAAUGUUUUAUUAUACGUUUAUAUUAUUCUGAUAUAUUUAAAAUUCCUACUGAUUACGUUCGUGCGAUAUGUUUUAAUAUAACCGUACGUAAUUAUCGUGAUACAAAAAUAACUACAAGUGUUUUUCCCAAGCCUGUAACAAAGUACUAUUCGCAAAAAGAUAAUGAUGAAGGUUUGGAAAUUAGUACAACAUUAGAUGUUGAUGAAUUAACUGAACGAGGCUAUUUAAAUGAACAACAAAGUGUUACUAUUGAAAUCGAAAAUUUUUUUUCUCAUCUAAUGUAUUCACCUGAAUAUACACCAUUAGACGAUAUUGUUCGUAAACAAAAACAACAAAUCAUGCGUGAAUUGCAAACAGCGCAAAAUGAGAAUUUCCAAUUAGAAAAAAAACUACAUGAAAUUCAAAUGUCCAUACAAAAUCCGAAUAUGGCCAAUCGUAUAUCCGAUGGUGUCAAUGGACCACAAAGCGGUAUUAGUGCACCGAAUACACCACAGGUUGUUCGACGAUAUUAUGAAAUGAAAUAUGGAGAUAAAAGUACAACCGGCAAUUCGCCAUCAUCAGGAUAUAUUAAUGCUUCGAGUUUCGAUAGUUUACAAGCAAAUAUGAAUUCAUCGCCCGUUCGCAAUGGUUCUCUAGCUGGCAAAACACCAUCAUCGGCAUCGUCUGUUCCACAACCAAAUGUAACCAUGGGUGCACGUAAUACACCAUUUAAAUUUCCAACUAAAUUGCCCGACUCCAUACAAAAUACAAUAACUAAUACUAGUCAAUCACUACAAUCUCGCUUGCCAUCUAGUUUACAAAAAUUACCAGCAAGUUUCACACAAGGACCAACCAUAAAUAUGCUUGCUAAUAAAUUUCAGAAUGCGUUUUCAUAG